AUGUUUUACAGUUUACCUCACUUAAAUUGUGACCCGGCAGGUUGUCUCAUAGAGCUGUGCAUUCAACUGGCUAUCAUCAUGGUGGGCAAGCAGACGUUUAACAAUGCCAAGGAGAUCCUUCUUCCGAAAUUUAUGAACUGGUUCAAGUUUAGAAAAGUCAAGGAACUAGAGGAAAAGAAGAAAGAGAAAGUGGCAUCCUGGGAGAAAGAUUAUGUCAUGGAGAGUAUGCCAAACUUGGGACUCUUUGAUGAGUACUUGGAGAUGGUAAUACAAUACGGCUUUGUGACAAUUUUUGUGGCUGCCUUCCCUCUGGCGCCGCUGUUUGCUCUCCUCAACAACAUCAUCGAGAUCAGACUGGACGCCUACAAGUUCAUCACUCAGUGGAGAAGACCACUCGCCAUGAAAGCUCAGGAUAUUGGGAUCUGGUUUGGUAUUCUACGAGGCAUCUCUCAAGUUGCAAUAAUGACUAAUGCGCUGAUCAUUGCCUUUACGUCUGACUUUAUCCCAAAACUGGUGUACAUGUACGCAUACAACGACAAUGAAACCCUUAAUGGUUAUGUCAACUUCAGCCUGUCUGUGUUCAACGUCUCAGACUUUGAGAAGGAUAGCCGACCUGCUGACCUAAAAGUUAAUGAAUUUGGAAAUGUUACAGAAUGCAGAUAUCGAGACUAUAGAAAUCCGCCUGGUUCACCGGAUGCUUACGAGUUUACCAUUGUCUACUGGCAUAUUUUAGCGGCCAGACUUGCUUUCAUUAUAUUUUUUGUGUUGACGGUCCAGCUGUCUAUUUGGGCAAUAGCUUUCAUUGUGCCAGAUGUUCCUAGAAUUGUCAAGCUUCAGAUGUUGAGAGAAAAAUACCUGGCCACAGAGGCCGUUAUAGAGGCUGAACAUCUGCGAGUCGAGGACGUGGCCAAUAUCUUUAGCAAUGAAGCCAGGAAACGACAGCUUGAUCGAUUUCAGUCUGGUUCAGGAGUAGGGCCCAAACUAGAUGAUAAAUCGCAACCGCUUUACUAA